GAUGACGUCAAACGCACCAUUGGCUGUAAAGAUAAUUUGAAGGAAGUAUGCGAAACGUGUGCACUUGGAAAGCAAUCUAGUAAACCUGUACCGAAAGAAACGCAGAACAAGUCGCAGAAAGUUCUCGAACUCGUUUACUCAGAUAUACUCGGUCCAUUUGAAGUACCUAGCCUCAGUGGAUCUAGAUAUGCGAUUACAUUUAUCGACGAAUACUCGAAACAUUCCAUCGUAAAGUUUAUGAGCAAGAAAUCCCAAGCUUUUGAAAAUUUAAAGAGUAUGUAG